UCAUUUUAGAGUUGUUAUUAUUACCAAAAUAAUCUUUAGCCUCUGCUAGACACAUACCUUCUACUCCUGCUCAUAGCAGAUACUCAUUUUCUCUUUCUACUACGUUUGUUUGUUCUACUUUUAUUUUUCCUCUUGGCAUAUUUAAAAUAUCUUCUGCUAUUUUUGAUUGAUUCUAUCAGAUUCUGGGUUGGAGUAAUCAUACCUUGAGUAGGCUAGGACAGAAUUAGCCAUGGGAGACCUCCCUCUGCUCCUAUUCAUCACUCAGGAUUGACUCAUUGAAGAUAGAGCAAGGAGUUUAGAAGGAUCUUUUAGGAAGAAUUUUAGCUUUGAGAAGAUUUUUGGGACUGAUCUCUGGAUCUCCUCUUUUUUACGAUCAAAUAUAGAUAUUCUUGCACUCGAUUUUGAAAAUCAAGUUGAAGAUAUUCUAGGCUUGAUGAAAUUAUAGUGUGGCUUAUAAUGUCCCAAAGGAGGAAUUUGAGAGGCUUUCAGGUUCAGUACAAUUUUAGAGUUGUUUCUAGUAUGGAACUUGCUUCCAGAAUGGGAUUUCUUAAACUCCUUAGUCGAGUUAGUUCGUUUUGACACAAUUCAAGAGCAUAUUUCUCUUUUUACCAAGGAUAUCAAUGACCUCUUUAGUAGUGUCAACUACAGUCUUCUUCUGCUGCUUAGGUCUCUU